GCCGGGGACGCUGUCAAACAGACGUUGACGUCACCUCCAGUGGUGCUGCCUUCAACGCUGCUGGUUAUUUACGACCUUCACGGGUUGCAAAUGGUAAAAGAUGAUUACAUUUAAAGAAGAAAAAACAUGGCAGUAGAGUAGUGUACCAUUUAUGGAGACAGUACCCCUGUUUAUCAGUAGAUUGUGUUGGCGUAAAUCAGCUAGUUUUUGGAGAUAGCCUCCGGAGAGAUGUCUGCCUUCUCUGACAUAAGGCAUCCUGCUUGUGGUGCUUUUUUGAUUUGGGGAUGAACAAUAAGACAUUUGAGGAAUGAACGUAUUUAAUGGAAGAGGCUGGCCCUAAACAAGCCCCUUUUAAAGCCUUAAUAAGGACGAUAUUUAUAUAAUAUAAUAUAAUGCUGAAGCCUCACUAAUCAGGGACGAUAUAAUAUUUAAACGCAGUAAUAAAACAUUUCAACGGCGGUGCUGCAGCAGCAGCAAGGUAAAGAGUAGAAGUGCCCACAAUGAAUCCAGCGUUUCCGACAGCACUUGAAUGCAGCAGCAGCGUCCAGCCGAUGCGCGUCUGCAGGGCCCCGCUGCACAUCAAAGACUAGCGGAAGAAACGCCGCAUCUCCCUCUCGGCUGCUUGAUUUAUUUCAGGUGUGCAGGUGUGAACGUGCAGGGUCACGUGGUGUGCUUCAUCUUGACAGGCGGCUCCGGAAGCGGGUGCGCCGCGGGGCUGCGACUCAAAGGGUUACACUCUCCGGGGGGGGCUUCGCUUGUUGUCACUUCCGCUCGAGCCCUCCGUGAGUCCGCAGUUCACACGUCGGCCGGAGGAAGAAGAGGCUCGUCGGCUUCGAUGCUCUGUGCGGGCAGGAUGGAGGAGUUUGUCACCAAAGAAGAGGAGCCGUGGUACGACCAGCGGGACCUGGAGCAAGACCUUCACUUGGCCGCCGAGCUCGGCAAAACCCUCCUGGAACGCAACAACGAGCUGGAGGACUCCCUCCAACAGAUGUACAUCAACAACGAGGAGCAAGUGCAGGAGAUAGAGUACCUGUCCAAGCAGCUGGAGAUGCUGAGGGAGAUGAACGAGCAGCACGCCAAGGUGUACGAGCAGCUGGACGUCACAGCCCGGGAGCUCGAGAUCACCAACGAGAAGCUGGUGCUGGAGAGCAAGACCUCGCACCAGAAGAUAGACAGGCUGACGGGCACCAUGGAGGCCUUGCAGGGUCAGGUGGAGAGCCUGACGGCUCGGGUGGAGGAGCUGCGGACUCUGGAGGAGCUGAGGGGCCGCAGGGAGAAGACGGAGCGGCGCAAGACCGUGCACUCCUUCCCCUGCCUCAAGGAGCUGUGCACGGCGCCCAGGUAUGAAGACGGCUUCCUGUUGGCCAACCCGGGGAGCGUGGACCUGGCCGAGCCGCGGCCGGUGGACGAGGAGAACGAGCGCCUGAGGGGCGUGGUCUCGUCGCUGCGCGGCGCCGUGGCCAAGGAGCGCGGCCAGCGGGAGUGCGCGGAGCGGGAGUGCGCCGCCGUGCUGCAGGAGUUCGAGCGCCUGGAGCAGCGGCUCUCGGGGGCCGAGGGCUGCCAGCUGCGCGUCCGGGAGCUGGAGGCGGAGCUGCAGGAGCUGCAGCAGCUGAGGAAGUCGCGGCUGUGUCUCAUCGGGGGCCUGGAGGACCGCCUGGAGACGCUGCUCGGCAACAGGCCCGAGACGGACACCCCCGAGGGCGCGGAGGAGGUCAGCCACGGGGCCGGCGGGGGCCCGGUGAGGAAGAGCUGCAGCGACACGGCGCUGAACGCCAUCUCGACGGGCGACGCCUCCGGGAGGCGCCAGGGCAGCUACGCCAUCCACGCCAACGGCGUGCGCAGGCGCGGCAUGUCCAUCCUGCGCGAGGUGGACGAGCAGUACCACGCGCUGCUGGAGAAGUACGAGGGGCUGCUGGGGAAGUGCAGGCGGCACGAGCAGAGCCGGUGCCACGCCGGGGUGCAGACCUCGCGGCCCGUCUCCAGGGACCCCUCCAUGAAGGACUACAGCCUGCUCUGCGCGGAGGGGCCCUCCACGUCGGGGGCCGCCGCCGCCGCCCCCUCCACCCCGGAGGCCCUGGAGGGGAUCAGCCGGCAGGUGGAGCAGGUGGACAAGCGGCUCAGCCAGAACACGCCGGAGUACAAGGCGCUCUUCAAAGAGAUCUUCUCCCGCCUGCAGAAGACGAAGAGGGACAUGCACGCCCCCAAGAGCAAGAAGAAGUAACCGAGCAGCGGCGGAACACGAUAGUUAUUUAAUAUGCGCUGUUAGAAUGCCUGUCGUCAUGGAGACGGAGGAUUAGUGCCGAUUUAAUCUGAAACUGGCAACUUUCACUGGAUAGAUUCUGAUGUGGAUGACUCUUCUUCUGUGUGACCGGAAGUGAUCUAGCCCUGAGAAUGGAGGGUUUUGAUUGGGUCUCGUGUGUGACGUAUUAGAUUUGUUUAAAUUAUUUUGUAUUUAUUGAAACCAAUAAUAAAGCCAAAUAAUUAAUAAAAAAAGAAAAAAAGCAGCCAGUUUUUUAAACUACUUGUGGCAUUUGAAGCAUGUAUCGACUGAGAACCACUAAGUGCUAAUUAAGACUUUAAAGGUUCAAAAUAACACGCUUUGGACCAGCGAGCGCUUGCUUUAGGAUCAAAUGGAUAUUUGACUGUUUAGAAUUUCUCGGAUCAUAAAAAUCCUUCGACACAGCUGCCAAAGUGUACCGUGUGUAAGUAUUUGAUGGCUGUUUGUUUACAUGGUUUAUUUGAACUGAUGUGCUGAAGAAGAGUUUUACAGCAUGCGCUAUGAGGAUUCAGGGAUUUGUGUGAUCAUUUCAGACUUGACGAUAAACAGUUCGACACCUUGUCAAAGUUGUUUCUUGUCGGCCAUUUAUGAUUUCUGUUGAUUAAAAUGAGAAAUGUA